AUUUUUAUUUUUAAAAUUUGUGUUUGUUGUGUUUGUUGGUAGGAUUUGAAUGUAGAGUUUACGCCCAAGGUUGUUAAAAGGGCUGCGAAGCCUGGAUCUGUAAUGAAGAGUCCUUACACAACAAAUUUUGGUUCGGCCAGCAGUGGUAAACCAACUGGUGAAGUGUAUGGAUUGUUUCCAUUUUCAAAUGGAUUGAUGGCCAUGCCAGAUGAGCUUCAAGUUAAAUCAUUUGAGCAAUGGUUCAAGGCUGGUUUCAAUGAUAAAAACAAAUUGAAGAAGUUCAAACAAGAGGAUCGAGUAUUGAAGGUGCCAUUAGAUUUUGUUGUUGUGAAGGUUAACGAUAAAAUGUGGUUUUACGAUCUGAGAACCCCGGGGAGAAAUUUAUCAUGUUCGCAUAUUGAUGUGUGCUUUUAUUACUUGAGGAAGCAAAUUAAGUAUGACAAAAGUGUGAGGGUUGCUGCCAGCACCACUGAUUGUUUUUUUGCAGCCCAUAUAUUUGAUUUGUACAAUAAGUUUUGUGCAAAUGAUGAGGAUAUUAAUUCUGUUCCUCGGGGCACUAAGGCAGCUGCGUAUAUUGCGGGAUUUGGCUUGUUGUGUGGUAAACCAUGGUUCGUUUUAGAUUUCAUGCUAUUUCCGGUCAAUGUAAUGGCUUUGGCACAUUGGAUUUUGUGCGUCUUUGACAUCAAGAUGAGAUGUCUUAAGGUGUGCAAUUCUUUGAGGCGUGGAAAGUUUAAGGACAGUCGCAGUUUUGUGAAUGCAUUUGCUGUUAUUUUGCCGAUUUUAUUGUCUCAUGUGGAUUUCUAUGGUCGGAGGUCUGAUAUUGACAAGAGCACUAAGUAUUUUCAGGGAGUGAAGGAUACAUAUCCAUUGGAAAUUGUUUUUAUAGAUAAAUUGCCUCAACAAGAUCAGUGUGACUGCGGUGUAUUCGUUAUAAAGUAUGCUGAAUACUUUAUACAUGAAAUGAUCAACAAUGUCCCCAAAACUUUGAAUAUGGAUUUCGUCCGAAAGAAGAUGUGCGUUGAGCUUUUUGUGCAUGCUAUGAAGAAGGAGUUGAAUGGAUAUGAAUCUGGUUCAGAGUUUACUGGGAAGAUGCCCAAAGCUACUAGGGGAGCUUUGAAGAUUGGAUGAUUAGUGUUACAAUUACUAUCGUUUAGUUUAGACUGUUAUUUUGUGGUUUCCUGAUGUUUUGUAAUUAGCACUUGUAGUAUUUUGCAAACUUUAACAUGUAGUUUUUGGUUUUAUGUAACUGUUGUGUGUGCAAGUUUUCUUUUGGGUUGGAACACUUAAUUAGGUGGUAUACGGACCUUGUAUGUUGUGGAACAUUAUUUUGUGUAAAUGAAACUUUUGUGUACUUAAGAAACUAAUUAGUUUACUUUUUCAAUUGAUGAUUAGUUUUCUUUUUUCAAUUGAUGAUCAAUCUAAUUAAAAUGGAUUUUUUUUUUCAGGAAACAAAUCACUAUCAUCAGAUAUUUUUCUUGUUUACAUAUCGAUAUGAGAGGGUAACAGGUACAUUUUUUUUUUAUAAUUGGUGUGAGGAUACGAAUAGGUAAUAGAUAUAUUAAUUUUUUUUAUUUUUUAUUUUUUAAAAAAUUGCAUAUUAAUUUUCAUUUGAAGAUCAUUAUAAGAAAAUAUAAAACCUGAAAUGGAUGGAUAUGGGUAACAUGUUUGUUUAUUUUUUUGACAUGUUUUUGUUUUUGUAAAAUCAGAGGAACCAUUAUGUUCAUAAUAGUCCAAGACAUAGUACUAAUGUAGUACUUAUUACUGUAAGUAUCAAAUGUUGUGAAAAAAUGCUAUUUUUUUUUUAAGUACUGAUGUUCUUUCUCUUUCGGGUUGGCUUUGGAACUGGUUCAUUUUUGCACGAUCUUUUGUUGUGUCCUUUUUGGUUGCAUGAUCCACAUUUGACCUGUGUUUUUGUUUCCAGCACACCUUUGUACCUUUGUUUUUUUGGCCGCCCUGCUGGCCUCUUGUGUGUUGGGGGUAGAACAAUCAUAUCUUUUAUAUGAUCCGGUAUAUCCCAAGUUGUAGAAUCUGCUAGUGGGAAGAUAUUAUCUUCAUAUGUUGACAAAAAAGCCUUUUUUGUGUAGUAGUAAGAGCAGUAGCUGUAGCAUGAUAGAUUCCUUUUGGUUAACACAGCCAUUGCAUGUGAGCAAUGCAUUUCAUCAUAUUCAAAUUUCUGACAGCUGCAUGUUUUUUUUUUCCAGUAUUACUAUGUAUGAGUCGGUACAAUCAUGUACUUUGUAUACAAUCAUGUUUGAUGUUUCCACCUGUGAAAGUAGUUAUAUUUAGUUACAUUAUUGAUUGCAUAUAAAAAAAAAAUUAAGCAUGUUUAUUGGUAUACAAACGAGUUUGAUUUUUGUUAUGCAGCAAUAGACUAAUAAGUUUAUUUAAUAACUGUAUGAGUGUAAUAAAGUGCAAAAAUAAACCAAUACGUCUAUUUUAUAUAAAUAUGGAAUAAUUUUUAUAAGGCAGAUAUGUUACCUUGUACUUUAAGCUCAUAUCUCGCUCUUUUCGUAGACUUUUCUCUGGUUUUUGUGCCAAGUAUGUGAAUGUAGACAAUGCUCUAUUUUUGUUGUCCCAAUACCAUUUUUGGACCAAAGAGUGAAGACAUUCUAGUAAAGUUGCUAUUGGUAACUCUCUUACUUCUUUGAGUGCUGCAUUCACAGAUUCUGCGAUGUUCGAUGUCAUUGUUUUGUAUCGCCUGUUUUGGCUGUAUAACCUUGUCCACUUACUGUUUCCAACU